GAUUUCAGCUUCAUGCUCGGUCAGCUACCGUCCCAAGUCCUUCUCCCUGGUGUCUCUAUUGGCCAGUAUGUGUCUGUGUGUCGUGUCCACCUUCUGUAAGGAGCAGGGCAUCACUGCCAUAGGCAUAUGUAGCGUGUUCGACAUUGUCGUAGUGUGUAGAGUCGACCCUUUCCAGCUGCUGUCUUCGAAAAACCGGAGUGAGCAGAAAUGGGUGACGGGACUCAUCAAACGUCAUCUCAUCCUGUUACUGACUGGCGUUUUGCUCCUCCUCGUCAGACUAUGGAUAAUGAGAUCAUCAACUCCUAACUUCUCAGUGGAUAACAAUCCACAUACCAUGGUCCACGGCACAAUAUUGAAGAUUUUGAAUUACAACUACAUUUAUGCCAUCAACACCUGGCUGCUGUUGAAUCCAUGGUGGCUGUGCUGUGAUUGGUCAAUGGGCUGUAUACCUGUCAUCACCUCAUUGGCAGAUCCAAGAAUCCUGGCAGUCAUUGUGCUCUGGGUUGGGUGUAGUGCCUUGCUCUAUUGCUGCUAUCAAGGGGAUUUCACAAGAAGGCGCCGUCUUCUGAUAACGUCCCUGGCAGUGAUGGGUAUUCCCUUCCUGCCAGCCAGCAACCUGUUUUUCCGUGUGGGCUUCGUGAUCGCAGAGAGGAUUCUGUACCUGUCCUGCGCUGGCUUCUGUAUGUUGGUGGUGCUCGGGGCCAGAGAAAUCUGCCAUCAUUUUCACCCAACAGCUAAAAAGAUUGUGUCCGCUGUGUUCCUGUUCCUUGUUGUGCUGUGUGUCGCACGAUCGGCUGAGAGGAGCAAAGAAUUUCGAGAUGACCUGACCCUAUUCACAUCUGGACUCAAAGUUUGUCCACUGAAUGCUAAGAUCCACGUCAAUGUUGCCAGACUACAGAAGGAAAACAACAAUACUGACAUCGCUGUUGAGCAUUUCAGGGUGGCUUUGAAACUCAACGCCCAAUAUGUCUGUGCACAGGUCUCCAACUUGGCGUCGGUCCUGAAAGAGAAAACCAUCUUGACUGAAACUGAGGAAUUGCUGCAGAAGGCUGUGAGUGCAAGUCCAGACCAUUCCGCGACGUGGCUGAAUCUGGGGGUCAUACAAGCAGAGUUGAACAAGACCCAGUCGGCAAACAACAGCUUCCGCAACGGUCUCCUCCACUGCAAGGUGCACACAGACUGCAUGUAUAAUUUAGCCAAUCUGUACUGGCACCUAGGACGCCACACAGACGCCAUCGACGCCUUCCACAAUGUAACACAGGAUGCACCAACACACACUGCAGCCUGGAUACAGUUCCUCCAGCUUCUUGAUGUUCUAAAGCUAUACAACCGUGCCAUUGAGGUUGGAGAGAAGGCUCUGGAGGUGUUGACAUAUGAACCAGAGUUGACGUUUCGCCUCGCUACUAUUUACCUAAAGACAAAGAAAUACAAGGAAAGUGAAAAACACCUACAGGCUGCCAUCAAGCGAGACACCCGGAAUCCGUAUCUACUUCUGAAUCUAGGUGUUCUGUAUCGUCAGUCUGGGAACAAAGAGAAAGCGGAGGCAGCCUUCAAGAAGGCACUGAAGUUGGCGCCAAAUGACCCGCUCAUCCUUCAAAAUCUCCAGGCGCUUCAUACAAAGAAGUUAUAUACAUAAG